AUGAUAUCCCAAGUCAUAAUAGACUGUCAGUGCAUGAUUUUGGUGAAGAAAGGUUUGUUGUACUGUAAACUGUGUUUGUAUGAACAACUGCCUGUUGUCUUCAGUAUGAAAGCAGUAUAUAUGUAUCCUUCUUUUAAAAAAAGAAAUUUCUUAG